AUGCUUGAUACUCGCGAUCGGUUCAUUUCCAGCCAUACAGCCCGAAUUGAGCGCUUCAUUGCCAAGCAUUUCUACAACCUGGUCACGCCAGGGACGGAAUUUGUGGCGCGGAAACACAUGAAGCCGUUUGUACAAACGUCUCUUCAGUACAAGGUUUCCUCAAGGCAGCUGCAGGAGGUCACUGAGGACCAAAUGAAUUUGCUGCAGUUUUCCCAGGCUACAAGAAAUUUCAUUCACUCAAAUACGCUGUUUGCUUCUCGGUUCUCUGAGCUCUCACCUGACGGGAACAUCGUGAACUUUGAGAAUUUUGUCAAAUUUCUCGAAAACAUGCAAAGUGAUUCGUUAGGUUCUAAUCGCUCACGAGUUGUGAACUUUUUGAGAAGAUAUGACAAGACCGUUAUCGCACUACUGGAUCGCCAGCAGUCACAACACGUACCUAACUGGGGACCAACUGCGUUCGGAUUCUUCACUGGAUUCGUAUGCUCAAGCACUAUUGAUGGGAUGUCGAUGCAUCGAAUG